AUGCUCCAGUUCCUGCUUGGAUUUACUUUUGGCAACCUCGUUGGAAUGUAUCUGGCACAGAACUACGACAUACCAAACUUGGCCAAAAAGCUGGAAGAAAUCAAGAAGGACCUGGAUGCCAAGAAGAAGCCGCCUAGCUCCUAA